GACGUAAAUAUACUUAUAACACAUUGUUUAGGCGUUCCGUCAAAUUUCGACGUCGAGUAUAUGAAAUUGCAAGGUCUGACGAGAAUGUCAUCAUUGUUGUUGGGCUGAAUGAUGGGCUGCGGUUCGUCCCUGGAGACACCGACAAGUGCUGCCGCGCAGCGUCUACAAGAAAAUGGCGGCCCCAACCUAACGCAUGUAACGCAGCAAUAUGUGCGUCUGGACGAGCAGAUCAGCAAAUUGGAGGGCAGUUGCCCGGGUCCGCGCAUGGCCACCGUCGAGGCAUGGAUUGAGCAUGUGCAGGCCAGGCGCGACGCCAUGCUGGGUCUCGAAGGCAUGGAGCACACGGCACGCCCAACAACGGAAACGGAAACAAAUGCAGAGGGCGAACCGGAGGCGCCACAAUUAAACAGCUACCCCUUGACGUUGGGGAGUGGGGAGCGCGCGGGCAACGAAAUUGUGGCCAAUACGCCCACCAAGGACUUGGCUCAGCUGGCGCAUAAUCUAGGCGUCAUUGCUGAUCCACGCAAGGCUUCCAUGCACGAGGACUUUUUUGCCAACCUGAGCGAAUCGGCGCUCUACUUACUAAGCAUACGUUAUUAUGGCGAACUCCUGGAGCACACCAAGCAACGCCUCAAGACACUGGCCGCCAGCUAUGCGGAGCUGAAUGAGCUCUAUGUGAAUCAGGAUGGCAUUAUUGCUUACAUCAGCGGCGGCACCUAUAUGACGCGCCUGGAGGAGAGCAUAGACGAGCAGCUGGAGGUGGCGCGCGAUACCCGGGACAAGCUGGGCAGCGCCCUGGAGCAGUGGCGCAUCUGUGGGCUACUACUACGGGCCGCGGCCAACUCCUCCACGCAGGCCCUAAAGCAGUGGCGGCAUCUGAACAGGCACAUCGAUCCCAAGCAAAAGCUGCAAGCAGCUUUGGACUGUCGCAGUCUGUUGCAUGCAUCGCUGACGUCCCUGGAGGCCGCGCAAUUGGCACUGCCGCAUGUGGAGCUCAAGUACAUGAGUCAUCGCCAGGUGUUGGCGGUUAAUCAUUGCAAUACCUAUUUAAUUACAGACAUAGCCAAUGCAGCGCGUUAUGAGCACACGAGCCGCGUCUUCAGCAGCUAUGAAUCGAAUAUUUCCAAGACAUGUACCUGGCUCUAUGAUACAUUUAAUAAAACACUGCGCGGCGACCUUGACAAGGCGGAGGAGACGGUGCGACGCUUGGCCCGAACACUGCGCGAGCAUCGCGAGGAGAUUUUUAGUGCGGCACGCAAAUGAACAAAUUUUAAAAGACCAUCUAUUUUUCUAGCUUUAAAAAUUUACAAAAUAUUUUUUUUUUAAUAUUGC